UCCACACAUGAAAGAGGAAGAGGAGGGAGAGUGUGUUGUAGGGCAGGAGGAGGAUGAUGUCAGCAAGUUUCCACUGACUGUUGUCUCUGUGAAGACUGAAGAGCAUGAAGACAAAGCACCUGAGUCCUCACAGCUUCAUCACAGUCCAAACGUUCAACAGCCCCUUCACAUUAAAGAAGAAGAGGAUGAUCCACAGCCCACCUACAUUAAAGAGGAAGAGGGGGAUCCACAGCCCACCCAUAUGAAAGAGGAAGAGGAGGAUCCACACAUGAAAGAGGAAGAGGAGGGAGAGUGUGUUGUAGGGCAGGAGGAGGACGAUGUCAGCAAGUUUCCACUGACUGUUGUCUCUGUGAAGACUGAAGAGCAUGAAGACAAAGCACCUGAGUCCUCACAGCUUCAUCACAGUCCAAGUAAGCACAUAUCAUUUUAUUCUCAGGGCAUUCAAUCCAUCACAACUGGACUGUUCACUUUGUCUUAGAAGACUCAUCCAAGUAGGCUUCAUCACUUCAUGCUCAUACACUUCAAGUCUUAAAUCUAAUCAUUGGAUUUAAGAGGGGAACUGCACUUUUUGGGGGAAUUUUUCUAUCGUUCACAAUCAUUAUAAAAGACAUGAUGGCGGAUAUAAAAAAAAAAAAAAAAUCGCAUUCUAAGUAGGGCUGGGCGAUAUGGCCUUUUAUUAAUAUGUGGAUAUGUUUAGGCCAUGUCACGAUACACCAUAUAUAUGUGGAUAUGUUUAGUCCAUGUCACGAUACACCAUAUAUAUGUAAAUGGUAAAUAAAUGUUUAUGUAAUGCCUGCAGCUAAAAGCAACUGUGUGAGAACGUAUACUCCAAUAUCACCAUAUGGUCAUUUUCUAUAUCGCACAGAGACAAACCCACGAUAUAUCUAGUAUAUUCCAUACAUCACCCAGCCCUAAUUAUAACUCAUAAAUGUAAAUAAAAGACGACUUGCAAUGGAGCCAAUGGGAGGUCCUCUAUAACCAUCCAAAAUACACCAACAAUACUCCAUUUGCAUUUUGUGGCUUGAAUGUCCACCAAGUGUUAGUUGAGUUGAGUUGACUUGACUUUGAAUUUAUUUGGAACAUGCAAGCAUACUACAUGAUACAUCACACAUGCAUGCAUGCAACAUAAUACAUCACACAUGCAUGCAUACAAC